AUGUUACACUACCGCACCACUGCAGCGUUUGGUCUGUUGCUGAGUUGUCAAUUAUGCGAGGGUGUGCAACUAGACGCUUACGACUUGGAGGCGAGUGCUUGGGUCUACUCGGGGUCGGCUGGUCGGGGUGCGGAGUCGUCCGUGGCGUUGGUGGCGGAGGUGGACGAUGUGGGCGCUAUGUGGCACAGGGACGAGUUGGCAGCGGGUAAGUUUGAGGUCCAGAUCGACUUUGAAGUGGCAGGUGAGAUCUCUUCCCCGUUCACUGCCCUGGACGGUUUUGCGCUCUGGGUCGCCAACAACGUUACCGAGGAAGCGAUGACCGCCGUAGCCGCUAGCGAUGCACAACUGUAUGGCUUUCGGCCGAACUUCUCCGGUUUCGCUGUGUUCUUCAGCACCACUACUCGAUCUGGUAGUCUUCGUCCGUCGGUCUCUGUAUUGUUCAAUGACGGUGCCACUGAGCUAAAGUCGACGACCGACGUGCCUACCGACUUCGGUCUCUACUGGAACUACGGGCCACUGGCCGGUAGUCCUUCCUCGACCUUCAGUCUUCUGAUCACGACUGACGGCCCCAAGGCCCACGUCAGUGUUCGCCGCAGCGCCGGAGACAACUGGAAACAGGUGGCCGGCGUCACCGGAGUCUUCGACGUCGCCGGCCGGCUUGGUAUUUCCGCGGCCAACAAUCGUCUUCAAACGGACGACGGCGAACGAUCUCCCGCCACCAUCCUUGUGCGCCAACUCGCCGUACAAAGUAACGACCCCCAGUACGUCGCGGAUUACGACGCCCGCCAAGCCCUGCUCGAUAAUCAAGUACCAGCCCCAGUCCCUGUCGGCGGGAAAGCCAAAGCCCAGAAGGAAGCCCAAGUCGCACCACAGAAUGAUGCAGCGGCACCGUCCGGCGACCUGUCCCGCUACGACUCGCAACUCGACCUCAUGAUGAGACAAAUCAUCGACAUUAACCAACGUCAACAGAAAAUGUCCGCCGCCGUCGACAACCUCAUGAAGCAGUUCGCCACCGACAACAAGGGACCCGCAAACAACGUCCAGAAAGCCCUUGAAGAUAUCCGCAAUGACCUUUUGAUCAAGAGGGAAGAGCGCCUGGUAGGGGGCGACGUGGAGAACGACCGGAUCAAGAACCUGCAAGAGAAUGCCGCAUCCCUCGAGAACACCGUUCGUCAAGCGACUGCUGUUACGACAUAUCUUGCUGGCGGCCUCGGUGUUUGUUUCAUCGGCUUCGGCACUCUAAUAUAUCGUCGCAUGAGGGAGAUGGAGAAGAAGCACUUCUUGUGA